CUUGUUUUUCAAAGGAUUAUUUUCUGGACUCACUUCCCCACAACAUCGGCAGUAACAACAACCUCUACUAUGACAACAGCCACUACAACCGCUACAACAACUACUGCAAUUAUCGGUGGAUCGAAUUUAUCAGACUUUCUUUACCACAAACUUAUGUUAGUUUUGAACACAGUAGAGGAUAGAGGUAAACAAAAAAUCUUAAGGAUAACUACAACUACCACUGCAACUACGACUACAACUACGACAACGACUACGACUGCAACUACGACUACGGAGGAAUACUAAUAUUAUGUUUUGCACGCCAAAGACACUUGUUCGAAAGGUUAACGUGACCUUCUGCAAUGUAGCAACCUCGCCCCCCCCCCCCCCCCCCCCCCCCCCCCCCCGCCCACAAACUACGACUACGGAGGAAUACUAAAAUUAUGUUUUGCACGCCAAAGACACUUGUUCGAAAGGUUAACGUGACCUUCUGCAAUGUAGCCACCUCGCCCCCCCCCCCCGCGCCCCCCAUCCCACCCGACACAUAGGUCUUUACAAGCCCCUGAAACUCUGAGGUUUCUUUAAACAAGCAAGCCGUAUUUAUCUUCUCCUGAUUCAUGUUUACUCUAGGCUGUUGGGACUGGUUCAGUGGACCUCCGAGACCCGCAGGUCCCAUAGGCGUUACGGCCGGCUGAGUUCUUUGAAUGGAAGGAGCACACAGGCAACAUAGGUGCAAUCAUAGAGGGAAUGAUGCACACACCUGCUGACAUUGGCAACACGCGUGUGACAGUGUGCUUGGUGUCUGUGUAUGAGCAUGGCAUUUCUCAACAUGUCUCUAGGAAUUUGGUUCCAUUUGGGGAUAUGUUCAAGGUUUGUAGUCUGAUUGGUGAACUUAAUGAACAGAGUUUGUAGAAAGUCAAGAAGUGGCCGUGGUAUUGAGAUGAACAUUUAAAGAAUACGAUUUUGUUUAAAUAAUUGUACAAAAAAUUAAGUUACUUUGAAAAUUAACAUUAAGCUUAUUGGACUAUUGACAUUAUUGUAACUUUGACUAUUGACAUUAAGGUGACUUUGAAUAUUGACAUUAAGGUGACUUUGACUAUUGACAUUAUUGUAACUUUUACUCUUGACAUUAUUGCAACUUUGACUAUUGACAUUAAGGUAACUUUGAAAAUUGACAUUAUUGUAACUUUGACUAUUGACAUUAUUGUAACUUUGACUAUUGACAUUAAGGUGACUUUGACUAUUGACAUUAAGGUGACUUUGACUAUUGACAUUAAGGUGACUUUGACUAUUGACAUUAUUGUAAAUUUGACUAUUGACAUUAAGGUGACUUUGACUAUGGACAUUAAGGUGACUUUGACUAUUGUCAUUAAGGUGACUUUGACUAUUGACAUUAAGGUAACUUUGACUAUUGACAUUAUUGUAACUUUGACUAUUGACAUUAAGGUGAAUUUGACUAUUGACAUUAUUGUAACUUUGACUAUUGACAUUAAGGUGACUUUGACUAUUGACAUUAUUGUAACUUUGACUAUUGACAUUAUUGUAACUUUGACUAUUGACAUUAAGGUGACUUUGACUAUUGACAUUAUGGUAACUUUGACUAUUGACAUUAUUGUAACUUUGACUAUUGACAUUAAGGUGACUUUGACUAUUGACAUUAAGGUGACUUUGACUAUUGACAUUAUUGUAAAUUUGACUAUUUACAUUAAUGUGACUUUGACUAUUGGCAUUAAGGUGACUUUGACUAUUGACAUUAAGGUGACUUUAAAUAUUGACAUUAUUGUAACUUUGACUAUUGACAUUAUUGUAACUUUGACUAUUAGCAUUAAGGUGACUUUGACAAUUGAAAUUAUUGUAACUUUGACUAUUGACAUUAAGGUGACUUUGACUAUUGACAUUAUUGUAACUUUGACUAUUGACAUUAUUGUAACUUUGACUAUUGACAUUAUUGUAACUUUGACUAUUGAGAUUAAGGUGACUUUGACUAUUGACAUUAAGGUGACUUUGACUAUUGACAUUAUUGUAACUUUGACUAUUGACAUUAAGGUGACUUUGACUAUUUAUUGUAACUUUGACUAUUGCCAUUAAGGUGACUUUGACUAUUGACAUUAUUGUAAAUUUGACUAUUGACAUUAAUGUGACUUUGACUAUUGACAUUAAGGUGACUUUGACUAUUGACAUUAUUGUAACUUUGACUAUUGACAUUAUUGUAACUUUGACUAUUGACAUUAAGGUGACUUUGACUAUUGACAUUAUGGUAACUUUGACUAUUGACAUUAUUGUAACUUUGACUAUUGACAUUAUUGUAACUUUGACUAUUGACAUUAAGGUGACUUUGACUAUUGACAUUAAGGUUAAUUUUGACUAUUGACAUUAAGGUGACUUUGACUAUUGACAUUAUUGUAAAUUUGACUAUUGACAUUAAGGUGACUUUGACUAUGGACAUUAAGGUGACUUUAACUAUUGACAUUAUUGUAACUUUGACUAUUGGCAUUAAGGUGACUUUGACUAUUGACAUUAUUGUAAUUUUGACUAUUGACAUUAAGGUGACUUUGAAAAUUGACAUUAUUGUAACUUUGACUAUUGACAUUAUUGUAACUUUGACUAUUGACAUUAUUGUAACUUUGACUAUUGACAUUAAGGUGACUUUGACUAUUGACAUUAAGGUGACUUUGACUAUUGACUAUUUAUUGUAACUUUGACUAUUGACAUUAAGGUGACUUUGACUAUUUAUUGUAACUUUGACUAUUGCCAUUAAGGUGACUUUGACUAUUGACAUUAUUGUAAAUUUGACUAUUGACAUUAAUGUGACUUUGACUAUUGACAUUAAGGUGACUUUGACUAUUGACAUUAAGGUGACUUUGACUAUUGACAUUAAGGUGACUUUGACUAUUGGCAUUAGUGUAACUUUGACUAUUGACAUUAAGGUGAUUUUGACUAUUGACAUUAUUGUAACUUCGACUAUUGACAUUAAGGUGACUUUGACUAUUGACAUUAAGAUAACUUUGACUAUUGACAUUAUUGUAACUUUGACUAUUGACAUUAUUGUAACUUUGACUAUUGACAUUAAGGUGACUUUGACUAUUGACAUUAUUGUAACUUUGACUAUUGACAUUAAGGUGACUUUGACUAUUGACAUUAUUGUAACUUUAACUAUUGACAUUAAGGUGACUUUGACUAUUGACAGUUAGGUCAAAUUGACUUGAGUCACAUAUGAGUAACGUUGAGGUGAGUCACGUGGUAAUAACGUAAAAGUAAGUCACGUAGUAGUAACGUACAGGUGAGUCACGUGGGGUUGACGUAGUUUUAGAUCACGCAAAGAUACGUUCAGUUGUAAAAAAUGGAAAAUUUCAUCAGUUGACAGCUAUUUAGAGUCUCAGAAAUCUCUGUCUAGACUGAAGAUAAUGGGCACUGUACACAGUUCAUUGGAAGUUUGUUAACAAUCCACUUUUGGCUGCUCGUCACGUGAGUCCUGCAAACUUUAUUCUUGUUCUUGAAGCAUAAAAAAAAAACACCACAUUUUAAUCUGAACGUGGAUUCAUCAACCAAGGUGGACCUUAAAUUGUGGCCUUAUCACGGACCACAGAUGAUUAAGAUGGGUUUUAGAUGGACCAUUGAUGAUUUAGAUGGACUUUCUAUUCCUGAAAAAUCUGACUCGUAUAAAUUUAUCUUAAUAUAGCGAAGCGCAAGCACAUGCACCUUAACAAGGCUAUAAUACUAACCUCUCUUUACCAAUGUGUCAAGUCUAUAACACUAACCUCUCUUUACCAAUGUGUCAAGUCUAUAACACUGACCUUUCUUGACAAAUGUGUUAAGUCUAUAACACCGACCUCUCUUGACAAAUGUAUCAAGUCUAUAACACUGACCUCUCUUUACAAAUGUGUCAAGUCUAUAAAACUGACCUCUCUUUAUAAAUGUGUCAAGUCUAUAACACUGACCUCUCUUUACAAAUGUGUCAAGUCUAUAUCACUGACCUCUCUUUAUAAAUGUGUCAUGUCUAUAACAAUGACCUCUCUUGACAAAUGUGUCAAGUCUAUAACACUGACCUCUCUUGACAAAUGUGUCAAGUCUAUAACACUGACCUCUCUUUACAAAUUUGUCAAGUCUAUAUCACUGACCUCUCUUUAUAAAUGUGUCAAGUCUAAAACACUGACCUCUCUUUAUAAAUGUGUCAAGUCUAUAACACUUACCUCUCUUUACAAAUGUGUCAAGUCUAUAACACUAACCUCUCUUUACAAAUGUGUCAAGUCUAAAACACUGAACUCUCUUUACAAAUGUGUCAAGUCUAUAACACUGACCUCUCUUUAUAAAUGUGUCAAGUCUGUAACACUGACCACUCUUUACAAAUGUGUCAAGUGUAUAACACUGACCUCUUUUUACAAAUGUAUCAAGUCUAUAACACUGACCUCUCUUUAUAAAUGUGUCAAGUCUAUAACACUAAACUCUCUUGACAAAUGUGUCAAGUCUAUAACACUGACCUCUCUUGACAAAUGUGUCAAGUCUAUAACACUGAACUCGCUUUACAAAUGUGUCAAGUCUAUAACACUGACCUAUCUUUACAAAUGUGUCAAGUCUAUAACACUGACCUCUCUUUAAAAAUGUAUCAAGUCUAUAACACUGACCUCUCUUUACAAAUGUGUCAAGUCUGUAACACUGACCUGUCUUUAUAAAUGUGUCAAGUCUAUAACACUGACCUCUCUUGACAAAUGUGUCAAGUCUAUAACACUGACCUCUCUUUACAAAUGUGUCAAGUCUAUAACACUGACCUCUCUUGACAAAUGUGUCAAGUCUAUAACACUGACCUCUCUUUACAAAUGUGUCAAGACUAUAACACUGACCUCUCUUUACAAAUGUGUCAAGUCUAUAACACUGACCUCUCUUUACAAAUGUGUCAAGUCUAUAACACUAACCUCCUAUUACCAAUGUGUCAAGUCUGUAACACUGACCUCCAUCACAGGUGUUUAAAGUCCCAGGUAUUCCAGGAUUGAUGAAUGUGUGACGCCAUCACCAAUGGAAGAUUCCAUCGCUCUUCGGUUACUGGACUCUGACUCUGAGUCAGAUAUGGAGGAUACUUACAGACCGGAAGCCAGACUUAGAAAUGGCAAAAGAAAGAUUAUGAACAACAAUCGUCUUGAGACAGUAGGUAGCAACAAGAACAGCCUUAAAACAGUAGGUAACAACAGCAACAACCUUUACACAGAAGGUAACAACACCAACCUUGAGACAGUAGGCUACAACACCAACCUUGACGACCUAGGUAACAACACCAACCUUGACACAGUAGGUAACAACACCAACUUUGACACAGUAGAUAACAACACCAAUUUUGACACCGUAGGUAACAACACUACCUUGACACAGUAGGUAACAACACUACCUUGACACAGUCGGUAACAACAGGAGAGUCUGACAAAUUAAGUCCAGCGUUAAGACCUUCACUUGACAAAAGUAUAUUUAUAUAUAUAUAUAUAUGCAUUAAAGUAAUAUAAAUAUUUAUUUCAUUUAUAAAUAAUCAAUAUAUUAAUUAUUUAAAAUGUUUAAAUAUAUCCUCAUCCUCAUCCGCAUCCUCAUAUCCCUUAGUCCUUGGAUCGUUGGGGCGCCACAAAUGACAUGUGAACCAUCCUCCUCCAUUCCUCUCUGUCUUCAGCACUACGCCCUGCAUCGCCCAGUGUUAGUCCUGUCCACUCUUUGAUGUUAUCCUCCCACCUUUUUCUUUGUCUUCCUCUUCUUCUUCUCCCUCCUUUUGUGGUGCCCUGCAAUAUUUCUUUGGCAAGCCCUUGUUUCCUUGUUACGUGGCCGUACCAUUGUAAUUUUUCCCAAUCACCAGUAGGUCAUCGUACUCCCCAAUUGCCUGACAAACCCUUUCUUUCACUGUAUCAUUGGAGAUAUGGUCCCUAUAGCAGAUGCCCAAAAUGCUUUGAAUCAUCUCAUCUCCAUCGCCUUUAUUUUCCUUUCAAGAUCGGCUGUUUUGUCCAGGAUUCGCAGGCAUACAGGAAAAUUCAGAGGACUAAUGAGCGCAUCAGCCUGAUUUUGGUGCUGUGGGCUAUAUUUUUGUCAUUCCAAAUUUUCUUGAGCUUUUUUAGUGCUGUUGUAGUCUACGCAAUCCUGGACAUCAGUUCGGGCUUGGAGCCUUCUUCUGAGACUAUUGCUCCUAGGUAUUUGAAGUGGCCAACGGUCUCUAAUCUUUCCUCCCCGACCUUAAUUUCAGUGGUGAUGCCUGCGGUAUUAUUUGUCAUCAGUUUUGUCUUUUCGGCACUGAUUAGCAUGCCGUAGGACGAGGAGGUCUUAUCGAGACACUUUACAUGUUGGCUAGCUCUUCUUCGUUCCCAGCCAGUCCAUCUAUGUCGUCCGCAAAGCGUAGGUUGGUGAUUGUUCUGCCACCAAUGCUGACUGUCCCUUCAGGCGCUUUACAUUUUUAAUAUAUAAUAGAAAUUACCAAAAUCUCUGCGGGCCAAACAGUGGGUGAUAGGGGGUGGGGGCAGGGGCUGCGAAUCGUUUCCGGUGACUUUAUCUCUAGCUACGCCACUGUCUUAGAUGAAUGAUGUAGAGUGAGACAUGUCUUGGUGUCAAAGAAUUUAAACAAAUUAAUAAAUAUAAUGAAUGUGGUGGGAAUACUUAGGUCAUUGUUAUAAAGGAAUGAAUGGGGAUGUAAGGGAAUGUAUAGAGGGAAGGUAAUGGAAUGUAUAGAGGGAAGGUAAGGGAAUGUAUAGAGGGAAGGUAAGGGAAUGUAUAGAUGGAAGGUAAGUGAAUGUAUAGAGGGAAGAUAAGGGAAUGUAUAGAAGGAAGUAUAGUGAAUGUAUAGAGGGAAGGUAAGGGAAUGUAAAGAGGGAUGUAAAGGAAUGUAUAUGAGUAAGGUAAGGGAAUUUAUAGAGGGGAGGUAAGGGAAUGUGUAUAGGGAAGGUAAGGGAAUGUACAGAGGGAAGUUAAGGGAAUAUAUGGAGGGAAGGUAAGGAAUGUAUAGAGGGAUGGCAAGGGAAUGUAUAGAGGGAAAGUAAGGGAAUUUAUAGGGGAAAGGUAACAAAAUGUAUAGAGGGAAGGUAAGGGAAUGUGUAUAGGGAAGGUAAGGGAAUGUACAGAGGGAAGUUAAGGGAAUAUAUAGAUGGAAGGUAAGGAAUGUAUAGAGGGAUGGCAAGGGAAUGUAUAGAGGAAAAGUAAGGGAAUGUAUAGGUGAAAGGUAACAAAAUUUAUAGAGGGAAGGUAAGGGAAUGUAUAGAGGGAAGGUAAGGGAAUGUGUAGAGGGAAGGUAAGAGAGUGUAUAUAAGGAAGGUAAAGGAAUAUAUAGACGGAAGAUAAGGAAAUGUAUAGAGGGAAGGUAAAGGAAUGUAUAGAGGGAAGGUAAGGGAAUGUGUAGAGGGAAGGUAAGAGAGUGUAUAUAAGGAAGGUAAAGGAAUAUAUAGACGGAAGAUAAGGAAAUGUAUAGAGGGAAGGUAAAGGAAUGUAUAGAGGGAAGGUAAGGGAAUGUAUAGAGGGAAGGUAAGGGAAUGUAUAGAUGGAAGAUAAAAGAACGUAUAGAGAAAAGGUAAUGGAAUGUCUAGAGGGAUGGUAAGGGAAUGUAUAGACGGAAGGUAAGGAAAUGUAUAGAGGGAAGAAAGGAAAUGUAUAGAGGGAAGGGUGGGGUAUGUAUAGAGAGAUGGUAACGAAAUUUAUAGAGGGAAGGUAGGGAAUGUAUAUUGGGAUGGCAAGGGAAUGUAAAGAGGGGAGGUAAGGGCAUUAUAGAGGGAUGGUAAGGGAAAGUAUAGAGGUGAGGUAAGUGAUUGUAUAAAGGGAAGUUAAAGGAAUGUAUAGAGAGAAGAUAAGGGAGUGUAUAGAGGGAAGGUAAGGGAGUGUAUAUAAGAAAGGUAAUGGAAUGUAUAGAGGGAAGGCAAGGAGUGUAUAGAGGGAUGGUGAGGGAAUGUAUAGAGGGACAGUAAGGGAAUGUGUAGAGGUAAGGUAAGGAGUGUAUAGAGGGAGUAUAAGGGAAUAUAUAGAGAGAAGGUAGGGAAUUAAAAGAGGGAAGGUAAGAGAGUAUACAGAGGAGACGUAAAGGAGUGUAUAGAGGGAAGGCAAGGAGUGUAUAGAGGGAAGGCAAGGAGUGUAUAGAGGGAAGGCAAGGAGUGUAUAGAGGGAAGGCAAGGAGUGUAUAGAGGGAAGGCAAGGAGUGUAUAGAGGGAAGGGGAAAAGCCAUCACGUCAGUGUCCCAUUUAGUCUCACAGAUCUCAAUUAGACAAGCUAUCACAAUAGUGUCACAUGUUGAUUCACAUCUCUCAAUUAGACAAGCUAUCACAAUAGUGUCACAUAUUGAUUCACAUGUCUCAAUUAGACAAGCUAUUACAUUAGUGUCACAUAACUAUAUUAUAGUUUCACAUGUCUCAAUAUGGCAAGCUUUCACAUUUGUGUCACACUUAUGUCACACAGCUAAAAAAGUAAAAGCUGUCAAAUUUGUCAAUUUUCAUAAUCACAUUUUAAAUUAAUCUUUUUUUUUUUUUCAGAGCAGCCAUUUGCUUGUCCGGAGCAGGACUCUGAGAGGUCGUUUUUUGUUCUGUGCUCUCUUGACGUCAAUCAGCUUCAAUGUUUUAUUUCUCAUUAUUAUCUUCAUACCAAAAGAUAACGUGGAUCAAGGUGACCAAAACAGUUCUUUCAGCAAUGCUUUACAAUUGAAUUCUUCUCAACUGUACCAUGAUAACAGGGUAGAUUCCCUACAACUUGAGGACACGACGAAUUCUUUCAUGACGAUGUCACCGCUGAAUAGUGAUACACUAACUGCAGGACCUCCUGUGCAACUGUCCAGCUGUCCAGCGACUGUGGCGAAUUGCCAGGAUGAUUCAAAGCAGGCAGACACCACACAGACAUACGACAAUGUCUUUGAAGACCUCUCAUCGACAGAGAUAGAGACAGUCUACAGAUAUUUGGCAGGGAAAAUUAAUAUAAAGGCAAGUUGUUACAGUAUAUGUAGGCCUGUCUGUAUGUAGGUAGUUUUGUAUGUGAAUUGUAGACAGGUUGGUAGUGAUAUGUAAGCAAUUUGUAUGUGAUAUGAAGACAAGUUUUUAGAUGAUAAUUUCCCAGGAUAUGGAAUAGACGAUUAUGUCUUAGGAUAUGGAUAGGGUGAUAACUUUAUUUUUACAUCAUACGCACUCCUAUUUCCUUAAGGUCAAAAACACGAGUGACCCAGACGCCAACAGUAUCUAUAGAAUUGAGCUGCAAGUUCCCAUCAAGGGGGAGGUCAUUGGCUACCUGGACGGUAGGGGCGGAAAACCCCUCAGAGAGGCCCGGGUCAUAGUAGAACGUCCAGGUUUACCAACACCUGUGGUCAGUGAGUAUGUGGUGGGGCCACUCCCGAACCCAACCUAUUAUCGACCCAAUCCACGACGUGAGAGAAACAGUGUAUCUUACAGGUAGGUAAAUUAUAAGUACCUGACAAGUCAAUUAUGUGUACCUGACAAGUCAAUUAUGUGUACCUGACAAGUCAAUUAUGUGUACCUGACAAGUCAAUUAUGUGUACCUGACAAGUCAAUUAUGUGUACCUGACAAGUCAAUUAUGUGUACCUGACAAGUCAAUUAUGUGUACCUGACAAGUCAAUUAUGUGUACCUGACAAGUCAAUUAUGUGUACCUGACAAGUCAAUUAUGUGUACCUGACAAGUCAAUUAUGUGUACCUUACAGGUAAAUUUUGUGCACCUUAAAGGUAAAUUGUGUGUACUUUACAGGUAAUUAAUGUGUACUUACAGGUACUAAAUUUGUACAUACACGUAAAUUAUGUGUGCAUACUUGUAAAUUAUGUGUACUUUACAAGUAAAUUAAAUUAUUUCUCUCUAAUACUCUCUAACCUAGUUUUCAUCAAACUGUUUUUCUCUGAUACGCUCUAACCCAUUUUUCAACAAAAUAUUUCUCUCUGAUACUCUCUAACCUAGUUUUCAUCAAACUAUUUCUCUUUGAUACUCUCUAAGCCAGUUUUCAUCAAACUAUUUCUCUUUUAUUCUCUCAAAUCUAGUUUUCAUCAAAGUAUUUCUCUCUGAUAUUUUCUAACCUUGGUUUUCAUCCAACUAUUUCUCUCUGAUACUCUCUAGCCUUGGUUUUCAUCCAACUAUUUCUCUCUGAUACUCUCUAGCCUUGGUUUUCACCCAACUAUUUCUCUCUGAUACUCUCUAGCCUUGGUUUACAUCCAACUAUUUCUCUCUGAUACUCUCUAGCCUUGGUUUUCAUCCAACUAUUUCUCUCCAACUAUUUCUCUCUGAGACUCUCUAGCCUUGGUUUUCAUCCAACUAUUUAACUCCGACAAUCUCUCACCCAGGUAUCAUCCCACGUAUGGUAUCCACGAAUCAUUCGCGGCGCUCAUUAACGAGAUGCGGAACAAAGAUUUGCGCACAAUCAUCACCGAGAGUUAUGGCGCUUUUUUUUUCGACUGUGAAGAGGCGUGUCUCAUGAUGCUGCCACAGAAGACAAGCUCCGCCUACUCGGAUCAGACUUUGGUUAUCUUGUCAGUCAUGUACAAAACUGACUUCGUCACCAUCAACCCAGUGGACAUGAUGUUUGUCAUGAAAGAAACAGAUACAGGUAAUAGCUGAAGGUAAUUGUUGAAAGAAACAGAUACAGGUAAUAGCUGAAGGUAAUUGGUGAAAGAAACAGAUACAGGUAAUAGCUGAAAGUAGUUGGUAAAAGAAACAGAUACAGGUAAUAGCUGAAAGUAGUUGGUAAAAGAAACAGAUACAGGUAAUAGCUGAAAGUAGUUGGUGAAAGAAACAGAUACAGGUAAUCGCUGAAAGUAGUUGGUGAAAGAAACAGAUACAGUUAAUCGCUGAAAGUAGUUGGUAAAAGAAACAGAUACAGGUAAUAGCUGAAAGUAGUUGGUGAAAGAAACAGAUACAGGUAAUCGCUGAAAGUAGUUGGUGAAAGGAACAGAUACAGGUAAUCGCUGAAAGUAGUUGGUGAAAGAAACAGAUACAGUUAAUCGCUGAAAGUAGUUGGUGAAAGAAACAGAUACAGGUAAUCGCUGAAAGUAGUUGGUGAAAGAAACAGAUACAGGUAAUCGCUGAAAGUAGUUGGUGAAAGAAACAGAUACAGGUAAUCGCUGAAAGUAGUUGGUGAAAGAAACAGAUACAGGUAAUAGCUGAAAGUAGUUUGUGAAAGAAACAGAUACAGGUAAUCGCUGAAAGUAGUUGGUGAAAGAAACAGAUAGAGGUAAUACCUAAAAUGGCACUCACACUACCUGAAAAGCCCCUGUUAUGAUCACGGGUUUCAAGUAGAAAUAGAAUAAAGGAUACCUUUAUAGUUAAGAUAGAAUAAAUGAUACCUUUAAAGUAGAUAUAGAAUAAAUGAUAUCUUUAUAGUAGAUAUUGAAUAAGGGAUAUCUUUGUAGCAAAACCUAAGUCUUGUCAAGACUUCCGACUUGAUUUGGAAGAGUUGUCUUUGUCAAUCCAUGUCUAUGAUUCCAUUUUUCUACCAUCCAUAUCCAGACAGCCGCGUGUUCAGGGUGGACUCCAUGUUCUACGGUGGACGUCACUAUCCUACCAUAAGUCAGUUCAUCCAAGCCUACAAAAACAACGAAUUUCCCAAGACCAAAAUGAACCCCCCCAAGCCAGCACCGCAGGAAACGUCCUUUCCUGGCACAAUGAAUCUCAGAGGUCGAAAGUUUCCUGGAAUUCCUCAGCCAGGUCCUAAACAGUUUGAACCAGCUGGAAGACGGUACAGGUAAAAGUCGAAGACAAUAGUUUCAACUGGGUCCUGAAUUUAUUGAAUGUUCACACACAUAAGGUUCUGGGCCCGUCAAAAAGAACAUUUACACACAAACGUAAGUUUAUGGAUUAACUUUCUGAAAUAAGUUUCAAGUGUCCCUGUCCUGGUACCCACUCAUCCUCAGUGGCACUGCAGCUUAGGAGGGCCCUGGCCUGCUUCACCACAUCCUUGGAUCAAUCCAUGGCUUUCCGCCUUCAUGAACGGUCCCAGGUGAUCUAAAUCCUUCUUCAAUCCAUUUCAGUCCUGGUCGACGGGUAAGCCGUCUGCCCCUAAGUUUCUACCUGAAAAUGAUGUUUGCUGCUCAGCAAUCCCGUACUUAUCAAGGGUUCCUGUUCGGCGCAGCCUGCUUCCUUUCAUUGCUGCUACUAUGUUGGGUCUUGGUACCAUUGACACCUCUUGGUUUGUACGAAUUCUUCACCCAACAUUUUUCGAACACUGGUUGCAUUUUUUAAAGGAUUGUCCACUGUCAUGCAUGGAGCACUUUACCUUUCUUUGGACAGGUACCAAAUAUCACGUGCACAAAUUACAAAUGGUCUUAGGCAAGAGGUGUAGAUGUCCUUCUUUGUUCUCCUAGGGACAUUUUGGAUUCGCACUAGCUUUAGUAUAACGUUCUUUUCCUUUCUUUCAUAUUUUUCAUUCUUUUAAUUUAUAAUAGCUCCCAGAUAUUUGGAAGUAGCCACUCUCUCAAAGGUGUGGUAGUUAGGAUACAACUUACCAAUGUUAGGGUACAGCUUACCAAUGUUAGGGUACACCUUACCAACGCUAGGAUACAACUUACCAACGCUAGGGUACAACUUACCAAUGUUCGGGGUACAACUUACCAAUGUUAGGGUACAACUUACCAACGCUAGGGUACAACUUACCAACGCUAGGGUACAACUUACCAAUGUUAGGGUACACCUUACCAACGCUAGGAUACAACUUACCAACGCUAGGGUACAACUUACCAUUUCUUUGAUAAAGACCGUUUGCCUUACACGGUAUUUUAGUUUACAUUGAAAAUCAAUCCCGACAGCUCCACGGAGACACAAAAUGACCAUGUCUUAUGUCAUUAUCUGUUGCACAGGGUGAGAAGCCAACACAUAGACUAUAUGGAGUGGAGCUUCAACGUACGCAUCUCAACUCUCUCUGGUCCUCAAGUGUGGGACGUGCGCUGGGCAGGGGAACGAAUCGCUUAUGAAAUCAGUCUUCAAGAUGUAGGAGUUAUCUACGCGGGCGCCAAUCCAACCACAUUUUAUCAGCAUCUAUCUGACAGCGCCUUUGGCCUGGGAAAUCAGGUAUGACAUGGCGGCUGUCAUCACAAUUAGAGCUUGGAAAAUCUGACAGUUAUGACCAAAAUGACAGUUUUAAAUGACAUCCAGUGGAUUCAUAUUAAGAUAAAACUUACACAUGCCUGGAUACAUAUGGAUCAACCUGCUUCAAUGUAUCCAUUCCUUUGACUCUCCCCACAGGCGUAUGGCCUGAUGUCAGGUGUGGACUGUCCAGAACAUGCAACAUUCUUACCCCAGACAGUGUAUGAUGACAUCACUGGCCAGCCAAAGACAGUGGAUAACGCCUUCUGUGUGUUUGAACACAACACGGGGGUCCCCCUCAGGCGUCACAACUCCAAUGACAACAUCAACGGCCAGUAAAUAGAUUUUAUGCUUGAUUAAUUUAGACUUGUCAGAUUAUGUGGCACUGAUAGGUUAAUCAUUAAGGACCUUUAUGUGAUACGAUACUGAUAGGUUAAUCAUUAAGGUCCUCUACGAGUUACUGAUAUAUUAAUCAUUAUGGACCUUUAUGAAGUACUGAAAGGUUAAUCAUUAGGGACCUUUAUGAGAUACUGCUAUGUUAAUUACGAGAGAUCUUUAACAUGUACUGAUAAUCAUUAGGGACCUUUAUGACAUACUGACAGCAUAAUCAGUAUGGACCUUUAUAAGGUGCUGAUAGGUUAAUCAUUAAGGAUCUUUUUGUGUACUGAUGGAUUACUUAUUAGAAGCCUUCAUAAUGGGUUAAGAUAGGUUAUUUAUGACCUUAAAUAUGUUAUUUUCCAGAAACUACGGUGGAUUAGUGGAUCGUGUCCUCAUCCUACGCACCAUCAUUGUGGAGUUUAACUAUGACUACAUUUUUGACUUUGUCUUCCAUCAAAAUGGCGCAGUUGAAGUCGUUAGCUACGCCACUGGUUACAUUAUGUCCCAGGCCUAUCACGAGGCGGAGGCACCGUUUGGCUUUAGGUGAGGAUCACCGCGUGCUGUUGUCAGACGUUUGUUGUCGCCCUUUGUGGACUGCACACCACCACAAAGUGCCACAAAGUGCCACAAAGUGCCACAAAGUGCCACAACGUGCCACAGAGUGCCACAACAUGCCACAACGUGCCACAGAGUGCCACAACGUGCCACAUUGAAUGUUAAGACAUUAACUACCUAAACAUUAUUAAGCGAAACUUCCCUGUAGAUAUCGGGUGCCCCCUCCCCCAACAUUUCUUACAUCGGGUGGCCCCAGACACCACCACCAUUUCUGUAGAAUCUGGGUACGUCCAUAAACACAUUUUCUUUCUAUUGGUCUAUUUGUAGCUGUGAUGCUAUUAGUCUUAUAACUUCUAGCAAAAACAUUUUUGCAUUUUAUCAAUAGAGGCAUUUUAUACGCCCGUUGAUUUCUGCUAUCCAACAAUAGAGUCAUUGAUAAAUGUCACAUGACACAUGUUAUGAACCACUGGGUUUAUUGAUAAACGUCACAUGACACAUGAUAUCAACAACUAGGUUCGUUAAUAAAUGUCACAUAACACAUGCUAUCAACAACUGGGUUCAUUGAUAAAUGUCACAUGACACAUGAUAUCAACCACUGGGUUCAUUGAUAAAUGUCACAUGACAAUGAUAUCAACCACUGGGUUCAUUGAUAAAUGUCAGAUGACAGGAUAUCAACCACUAGGUUCAUUGAUAAAUGUCACAUGACACAUGACAUCAACCACUGGGUUCAUUGAUAAAUGUCACAUGACAAUGAUAUCAACCACUGGGUUCAUUGAUAAAUGUCAGAUGACAGGAUAUCAACCACUAGGUUCAUUGAUAAAUGUCACAUGACACAUGACAUCAGCCACUGGGUUCAUUGAUAAAUGUCACAUGACACAUGCUAUCUACAGAGUUCACGGGAAUGUCGUCGGGUCAAUCCACCAUCACAUGAUGAACUUCAAAAUCGACCUUGACAUUCGAGGUCAAACCAAUAGAUACGAGACGCUGGACUUUGUGCUGGAUGAAAAGAAAUGGCCUUGGCACCGUGAAGGUCAGGAGGUUUUCCACCAGAUGGCGCUACAGCAUAGUCUGAAAGAAACUGAACGCCAGGCAGUCUUACAUUACAACUUUUCGGCGCCAAAAUACCACAUCGUGUACAACAACGAUGAGAAGAACCAGUUUGGCAAUCACCGGGCUUACAGGUAUGUUACUGUGUCCCUGGUACACUCUUGGGCAGGGAAGUCAUAGGGCUUACAGGUAUAUUACUGUGUCCCUGGUACACUCUUGGGCAGGGAAGUCAUAGGGCUUACAGGUAUAUUACUGUGUCCCUGGUACACUCUAGGGCAGGGCAGUUAUAAUCUUACAGGUAUGUUACUUUGUCCCUGGUACACUCUAGGGCAGGGCAGUCAUAAGGCUUACAGUAGGGUGACCAAACGUCCCGUAAAAACGGGACUGUCCUGGUUUUUCAUGAUCGUACACGGUUUCCCGAAAAAGUCUUUCGGGAUGCCUAAAUGUCCCGUUAUGUUAUAUAUAACCAAAUAUAUUUUCAAAUCACUAAAACUUCCUAAUUUAUAAUAUAAGUUUAAGUAAUAUUUUGGCUAGCUGCGUAGCCAGUGCCAGUAGUGAUGUGGGCCAAAAAUAAAGUACAAUGAUGAAAUACGAAUUCACAUAAGGAAACACAAAAUAACACACUCCUUUCUUUUGAAGUCAAAAUCUUAUCUCUAUCUCAAUAUUGCUCUUUUUACUUUUAUAGUCGGUACUACCAAAAAUUCUAGGCGUAUUCCGGAUUGUACUACUAACUAGAAUAUUCCACAAUUUACUUUAAUUUUGUAAAGCCUUCACGUCAACAGAACAGGCGAUAGCUAGGUUUGUGAUAAACAAAAUCAAAGGAAAUAAGCCACGCCCAAUACGAACGCUAUAUCUGCUAGUGAUCGCAGCACGGGGGAAAUAUGACGUAAACACGUCUUAAAUAAUAAUAUUUGUUACUUACCUCCUCUGCUCAGCUGUAAUAACUAGCUGAUUAUAAGGUUGUUAUAUCUGCUAUGAUCACCUGUUUUUUUUUUUUUUUUUUUUUUUUUUUUUAUUUAUUUUUUUUUUUUUUUUUUUUUUUUUUUUUUUUAAAUUCAGAUUUUAUGAUUUUUGCAUUCUUUACUGGUCGCUAAUACUAGCUUCUAAUCCGUCACUAAAUAUUUUCAAGUAAAUGUUUGUAACAAAUUGUAACAUGGGGUUCGUUUCUAAUAAAGACAGCAUUAAGGAAUGUGAAGACAUCCAUCCAUAUCGGUAUAUGUUUUACAUGCAUCCAUAUAUGUAUAUGUCUGAUCUAAUGAUUUUAGAAGUUUAAAAAACACUACAUAAUAUAGAGAUAUAAAGAUAGUUUUACAAAUAAACAGCCUGGUAUAACCACGUUACUAGAACAAAGGUUCCCAUCCCAUGGCACGUGUCCACAACAACGCUUAUAUAUCUGUUUAUGCUACAUGUUUAAUGUAAAAACAAAUUACAAUUUUGAACAGACUUUCAGUGAGUGGUUUCAGUAAACAAAUUCUGCCUGACGAAUCCCCUGUGCUGUCCAGCCGGAAGUGGACGAAGUAUCAGUUGCUGACCACCAAACGAAAGGACCAGGAAGAAUCGAGCAGUUCAAUCUUCUCAAUGUUUGAUGGGGUCAACCCACAGGUGGACAUUGACAGUUUCAUUCAAGAUGAUGACAAUAUCGUUGAUGAGGUAAGAUAGGUUGUGACAGAGACAUCUUGGCUCAAUUUUUCAGUGAUAGAGACAUCUUAGCUUAAUUCGUUAGUGAUAGAGACAUCUUGGCUUAAUUUGUCAGUGAUAGAGACAUCUUAGCUGUUUUGGCAGUGAUAGAGACAUCUUGGCUUAAUUUGUCAGUGAUGGAGACAUCUUGGCUCAAUUUGUCAGUGAUAGAGACAUCUUGGAUAAAUUUAUCAGUGAUAGAGACAUCUUUAAUCCAUUAGUCAGUGAUAGAGACAUAUUAGCUGCUUUGGCAGUGAUAGAGACAUCUUGGCGAAAUUUAUCAGUGAUAGAGACAUCUUGGCUCAAUUUGUCAGUGAUAGAGAAAUUUUAUGAAGCUACAUUCGCAAUUCUAUAACGUCUGGUAUAUGUUAGGAAAUACAGCAAAGAUCUCUCUCUUUCGCUCUUUCUAUACUAAGAAAGCUGCCAGUCUAUAAACAGGAAUUAAAUCAGAACGAUCUAGUCAAGAAAUUCUCGCAAUUGCGUCAUCUGAUGGCAUUCUUUAAACAAAUAGAACGCAUUCAAGCAUAAACAACCUUUUCUCACCCAAGGGAGGGGUGACUAAGGAAGGAAAUAGCAUAUUUACUCGGUGACGCCAAUAUCAAGCCAUGCUGAGGGCGACAAGUGAUGUAAGCUAAAAAUAACUCUACUUUGAAAUGAAAAACUAUGUCUCUCGAAUAUCCCUCGAAUUAAACUCAUGUGUCAGUGUUAUGUCCUGUGUCAGUGCUAUGUCCUGUGUCAGUGUUAUAUCCUGUGUCAGUGUUAUGUCCAGUGUCAGUGUUAUGUCCUGUGUCAGUGUUAUGUCCUGUGUCAGUGUUUUGUCCUGUGUCUGUGUUAUGUCCUAUGCCAGUGUUAUGUCCUGUGCCAAUGUUAUGGCCAGUGCCAGUGUUAAGCCCUGUGUCAGUUUUAUGUCCUGUGUCAGUGUUAUGUCAUGUGUCAGUGCUAUGUCCUGUGUCAGUGUUAUGUUGGGUUUUCGUAAUGAUUUGAUAAGAAUCGACCAACGAUCCAUACAUUUAUAUCCAUCUUCCCAGGAUUUGGUGCUUUGGGCAACAGUGGGGUUCCACCACAUCCCUCACACCGAGGACAUCCCCAACACACCAACAGUCGGUGCUAAGGCAACCAUAGUCCUGCUGCCUUUCAACUACUUCCCAGAAUGCCCCUCCGUUGGGUCACGUGAUGCCAUCCGAGUUGACGCCAAUAACAACAAGAUACUAUCUCAAGAUUAUGGCAUUUCCAUGGAGUCCCAUUGUGUUCCUGCAAUGUUCGAGUUUGCCCAUCUUUUAUCUAAUAAAUCAAAAAUAUUCCCAUAAU